UUGUUGUCUUGGUUCAUUGGAUGGCGCUAUACCUAAAAAUCGUUUACGACUUUUCUGAUUGCGCCUGGUGCUUAUUUACAAUCAUUAUGUUUAUCUGAUUGUAAAGAAUGUCAAAAUUUUGCGUCGAAAAUAUUUAAAAAAUUCGAGUUUCGACAUUUUUCAUCGAUAGCAAGCACAUGAGAUUAGUUAUUAACAAUUAAAUUUAUGCAACUCAAAAACAAUUGAAUAUUCCUCAAAAUUAACAAGUAUAUAAUGGAGUACAAAUAUCAGAAAAAGAAACAAUUUAGAACAACAGAGCUAGAGUACAAGAAUUCUUAUCGCAGGCAAAGUGAAGAGUCUCCGGCUGUUCUAAAAGUUGUAGAAAGUAUUUUUAAAAAAUCAUUUGCUAUUGUUGGAAAUGAAAAAUACAAACUCCCAGAGCCUGCAUCAUUGUUUGUAGAAGAUUUUUGGCAAGUGUCAGAAUUACAAGAAAUUAAAGCAAGCUUAAAUGAGACUAAAUCAAAAUUAAAUAAUUACUGUUUUGCGGAAUGGCAUCAACAUACCUCACAUAGAAACAAAGCAAAAGAUGUUGAAUGGCGUGUACGAAAGGAAUUUGAUCCUGAAUUUGUGACACAAGCAUGGUGUAAAUUUCACGAAAUUGUUUCCAAGUUUUCUUUGGUACCAAGAGAAAAUAUUUUUGCUAAUAAUAAUAAGCUUUUAUCAUUACAUCUGUGUGAAGCUCCUGGUGCCUUUAUAACAUGUCUGAACCAUUGGUUAAAAACUAAUAUGCCUACUGUUCAUUGGAAUUGGUUGGCUAUGACUUUUAAUCCUUAUUAUGAAGGAAAUUCUAAUGCUAAAAUGAUAAGCGAUGAUCGUUUUAUUAUGCAUACUCUGAACAAUUGGUUUUUUGGAAAAGAUAACACUGGAAAUCUGAUGACUAUUGAAAAUUUAGAAGCACUGAUUGAAAAGGCAAAAGCAAAAGGAAAGGUCAAUCUUAUUACUGCUGAUGGCAGUGUAAAUUGUAUCAGCAAUCCUGGUGAACAAGAAGGAAUCGUAACUAGUCUGCAUUUUUCUGAAGUCUUAGCUGCUAUGCAUAUUUUAGAAGCUGGGGGAAAUCUUUUGAUAAAAAUCUUUACAGUAUUUGAGCAUCAGUCUAUUUGUCUAAUUUAUUUUUUGUCUUGUGUCUUUAAGAACAUUAUGUUUUACAAACCUGUAACUAGUAAGGAAGGAAAUUCAGAAACAUACAUGAUUUGUCUGAAUUUUAAAGGAACAGAAUUUCUCUCGGCAUACUUACCUAAACUUGUACAAGAAUAUGGUAAAAAUUCUGUUAAAGCAAUGUUUAAAAAAAGCGAUAUACCAGAGUGUUUUCUGCAGCAAAUAAUAGCUUGCGCUAAACUUUUUAAAAAUUAUCAAUGCGAAGUCAUAGAAAAUAAUAUUGCAGCCUACCAGUCUUGUAGGAAUAAUUCAGAAUUUGAGAACAAGAAAAUAUCAAAAUUAGUUGCUGAUAAGUUUUUAAAAGAUUUCCCUUUGCAAAAAUUACAUAUGGAUUUACAGAUUGUUGGAAAUAUGAGACUAAAGAAAAUAAAAAAUAAUCAUUGGAUUGUUGAAACCCCGGCUGAAUCUUUUAAUGAAAGGAAGGAAAAACUAGAUUUGAAACCUGCUCAGCGACUACUCCUGUUUUUAGAUCCUUUAAAAUCUCUAGAACCAGUUGCCAAAGUUUUUGUUUUCAAACCAUCAGACCUUCACAUUGACACUUGUAUUACUCUUGGAAAACCAUAUCGUCGAGUUUCAAGUUCAAGAUUUUGUGCAACACAAAUUGUAGAUAUAUACAAUCUCAUAUUUCAAGUUGUAGACAUGGAAUCUAAUUUACAACUAUCUUUACCAACUGAAACUGCUAUAGCUGAGUAUGAGCAUAAAUUGCAACAACUAUACAACACUUAUAAAAUUAUUAAAUUUCAAUACACAGAAAUCUAUAACAAUAGUCAAACUAUUUUGCGAAUAAAAACUACUCUUCAAACUCUGCAAAAUGGAGAGCACUUAAUAUUAUUGGGUUUUCUUUUAUUGACUCAGUUUAAUGUUGGAUUCAUUUAUCUUAUGUCGCACAUGUUUGAAAAUGUGGAAUUUGCCAUGGAUGACAACAUUGGAUGUUCUGUGAUCUUUAAAAAUUUUAAAAAAAGAGAACUGAUCUUAAAUAAAGUAGAACAAGUUUAUAAGAUAGCCGAAAAUGAUACAAAGAAUGAUAAUAUAAUUUUAUCAGUUAUGUCUGUGACAGAUAUAUAUGAUUCUGAAUUGUAUUCAAUAAUUGUGAGACUUAAUAACUGGAUAGUUAAAUACUGUGUUCAUUACAUCUCUAAAAUUUAUGACAAAGAUAUGCAUCAAGAAAUGCAAGAAUAAUCUACUGUUAUAUACCAAAAUAUAAUCUGAAUCAAGAACUGUUUAAUUUAAACUAAAAAGAAAAUAUGAAGAUUUCAAAAUUAUAAUUUAUUAUUUGACACUUAAGAAAAAUAGCUUAUAAUAUUUAUAAGCAUUAUUUGUAAUUUUGAAGCUGACUUUGUUUGGUUUGAUCAAUGUGUUUGUAGUAUGCUUAUGCGUUUAUUUAGCAAUGACCCAUAUGACCAAGUAGUAGACUCAAAGCCUUGACUUUAGCUGUGUAAAAAGCAAAAGCAUAGCAAGAAUAAAGUUUAAUCUUAAAGUAACAACUGUGAGCAGCAGUAAUUUAAAAUGCUACAAUCUAAAAUAUUAACAAAGUGCCUUGGACAGUUAUCUUCCCAAAGUAUUGUUCCAAAUAUCUGUAUUGUCGGUGCUGGUCCUGCUGGAUUUUAUGCUGCUCAACAAAUUUUAAAAGGUCUCAAUAAUGUCAAAGUAGAUAUUUUGGAACGAUUGCCUGUUCCUUAUGGAUUAGUAAGAUUUGGGGUAGCUCCAGAUCAUCCAGAAGUAAAAAAUGUUAUAAAUACAUUUGACAAAAUUGCCAAAGAUGCCAGAGUACAAUUUUUAGGAAAUGUUAAUGUGGGACAGGACAUCAGUGUGGCAGAACUUAAGGAGCAUUAUCAUGCAGUUUUAUUGACUUAUGGUGCAGAUGAUGAUAAAGUAUUAAAUAUCCCUGGUGAGAAUUUAAAAAAUGUCGUAUCAGCUAGAAGUUUCGUUGGUUGGUAUAAUGGUCUGCCCAACAAUAAAAAUCUCAAUAUCAAUUUGAACACAGAAGAUGUUGUUAUCUUAGGACAAGGAAAUGUGGCUAUUGAUAUUGCAAGAAUUCUUCUCUCACCUAUAGAUAAAUUAAAGAACACAGAUAUAACAUCUCAUUCUUUAGAACAGUUAUCACAAAGCAAAGUUCAAAGAGUUUGGCUGGUUGGUCGCAGAGGUCCUUUACAAGCUGCUUUUACUAUAGCAGAGCUCAGAGAAUUAUUAAAACUUGAUAAUUGUAAAACAUACUGGAGACCUAAAGAUUUUGAAGGAAUAAAAGAAAUUGUGCCCCAACUUGUGAGACCAAGAAAAAGACUGACAGAACUUAUGUUAAAAUCCAUAGAUGAUGCACAAACAGAAACGAAAAAGCAUAAUAAAGAAUUUCACCCUAUAUUUUUACGUGCACCAGUGCAAUUUGUAGGCUCUGAUUCCAUAGAAAAAGUAAAAUUAUCAGUGACUCAAUUGCAUGGAGAAGAUUUCUUAAAACAAACGGCAAAAUCAACUGAUGAAUUUGAAGAAAUCCCAUGUGGUUUAACAUUCAGAAGCAUUGGAUAUAAAUCUAGACCAAUUGAUCCUAGUGUACCAUUUGACACAAACAGUGGUAGAGUAUUAAAUUCUGAUGGAAAAAUCGGAAAUGGCCUCUAUGCUGCCGGAUGGGUGGCCACUGGACCUGUUGGUGUAAUUCUUUCUACAAUGAACAAUGCAUACAGAGUUGGAUCAAUAAUCAAUAAAGAAAUUGAUUUUACAGCACCGAAAGCAGGUUGCGAAGAGGUGAAAAGAAUUUUAGAGCACAGAAAUGUUUCUGUAAUAUCGUACCAGGGAUGGGAAAAAAUUGAUAAAGAGGAGCGUCAAAGAGGAGACAAACUAGGCAAGCCAAGAGAAAAAAUUGUUGAUAUUUCUGAAAUGAUCGAUAUAGCUUGCAGUUGAUUAAAAUCAUUCAUAAACAAACUCACUUUUUUUUAUAUUUCUAAUUACAAAAAUACCUUUACAACAUAACUUUAUUUUGUACGAAUGUAUGUGUGGGAUUUCAUUAGAGGAAAAAAUAUUGUUUUUUGUAAAUUAAUAUUGUUGAAGGCUAUUGUUAACAUUUAAAUAUAUCAAAAUCAAUUUUUGAAUUUGUUACUUAUACGAGAUCAAAUCAAUAAAAUAACUUAUAUUACCAAAUA